AUGUUUAUCCCUUACAACCCUCCCUCCUCAAGCCACGGCAAGCACAACCGCCGCAAGAUAAACACAUACGUGGCCGCAGUUGCGGCCGCAAAGACCAGCGACAAGCAAUGCUCACGGCCCCACAAGACGGCUACGACGGCUCUCCAUUGGUUCCCUACUUUAAAUUUUAGUGAUCCCACGAGCGAACCCCCUGCUCGUCAGGCAGACGGACAGGGAUCGGCAUGCGAGGGGCCCGAGGCCGAGGACCCUGGCGCUGGCCAGCUUCCGGCGCGUGCGCUUGCUGCAGGGAGGUUCUACCCCGUCGAGGGUUCUGGCCCUAACUCUCGCGGACCGCUUGCGCUGCAGGCUCUCGCCCAUUUGUACGAUGUCCUUCUCCCGUAUGAUGCGAAAGUUGUGGGCCUGGGGAAACUAGACGCAGACAGCUACGCGAGGGAUCUCCUCGCAUGGACCUUCGAACACAAGGAGGUUUUUCAUAGCCAGGCAGCCUUCAGCCUGUGCAUCAUGUAUCAGAUGGAUGGUAGUAGGGGGGCUUAUCAGGCAAUCCUAUGGCAUCGGCAGCACUUGCUGAAGGCCGUGCGCCAGAGACUGUCCGCUCAGCGAGUGGACGACGUGCUGCUGCACAGUCUUUGUACGAUGAUCUCCGUCGACGAGUGUCUGGGCUUCCACGAGUCUCGCGCCGUGCACCUGAAAGGACUGCAGAGUAUCAUGCGCGCUCGUGAAUCUCCCACCAGGGCGUCGCAGCUCACACUCUCAGGGCCCAGUGCCGGCCCAGGUAUGCUGCCAAAGCAUUCCCCCCUGGGCAAGGUGGUGCUCGUCAAUAGGAUCAUGGUAGAGUUCCAUCUGAGAAUGAGCCUUGGCUUUCAGCAAGAAGUGGAUUCGUCGCCAAUAUUGUCCGAUAAACCCCCUCGCCUGCUUCUAAGCCCAGGCCCAGCCACCGAUGCCACUAGCGUGGAGGACCUCCUACCGCCCGGCUUCCAAGAUCUCGCUCGAUCAGGCAGGUUGACUCCGGCAGUGGUCAACCUCCUUUCGGACUUUUCUUUUUGGUUCUACAGCGGGAUGGGCACAGACGUCACCACCCGCGAGACCUGGCGCUGUUUGACCUUCACCCCCAGUGACAGCCUUGAACAGUGCAUUAGCAUCGCUUUGGUCUCGCUCGCAGACGAUAUCAGCGCGCUGGGCUCCCAUCCGUGCGCUGUCAUCUUCCGACAGGCCGAGCAGCGCGCGCGCCUUCUGCGAUCACUCUCAUUUCUCUUCGAUGAGCCCUGGUUCCAGGAACUGGGGAUCUGGAUUAUUACAGUCAUUGCAACACCGCCAAGGACAUCGCGUUUGCCCUGGCUUGUUAAGAUGGAGGUGCUUGGGAUGGUGAUGUUGGUCCCGCCAUCCCCACGGAGUGGUGGAUUCUCUUAUCGAUCCAUCGAUCAGAUCGAGGGGGUCCUACGGGGAUUUUUCUUCGACGAGAGUCGCGCGGACGAUUGGCGACGGGCUUGGAAGGAGUAUUUUGAGCUCGCAGUGGUGGAUCAGAGAUCACUAAUAUAA